UCCUCUCACACCCCUGCACAGAAGUUAAGGCAAGGACACCUAAGGCGGCAAAUAGUAAAGAACGGUGUGCUGAAUCAGAGAGAUUAUCUUCAUGUUCGGACUCUUUUCUUCAGGAGCAACAAGUAACAAGUGAACGGUAAUGAAAAUCACAGAGUCAAGGAGGACAUUGAGAAGAGGAGACUAAAGAUGCUUCUUCAUCUGGCCUCGUCUCAAGUACAAGACUGUUGCAGUGGGAUCUGAAGGACUUGAUUUGGUUGAUUGUUGACAGAAAAUAGCGGAUGGACUAUCAUAUCAGUGUGAAUCAUCUUUUUUGGUUUGUAGACACUUGUGUUUUGGAGUACAUUGUAUUUUAUUUUUAUUUUUGGGGGGGUUGGUGAGCUUCUUGUGUGUUCCUCCUGGAUUACCUGUGGAAGUUAGUGAUGGGGAACGCAGCCGGGGGCAUGGAUCAGACCGAGGCCUGCAGGACGUCUGUGGCAGGAUUAAGUUUGAGCUCCCCAUCCCCGAUCCUCCAGAGGAAGCAGCCUGCUGCCCCCAAACUGCCCAUGCCCUCAGAGGAGGAGCUAGAGGAACGCUUCAAUGUGGUGCUGGAUGACAUGAACUUGCCUCCAGACAAGCUGCAGCUGUUGAGUCUUUAUGACAAUGACAAGAAGUGGGAGCUGGUCUGUGAUCAGGAGCGUUUCCAGGUGAAGAACCCUCCCUCUGCCUACCUGACGAAGAUACGAAGCGUCUACCAGGACCAGGGCGGAGUGGCUCGCAGGAUCAAGAAGAAGAUCCAGGAGUCCACCCAGGUCCUGAGAGAGCUGGAGAUCUCCCUAAGGACCAAUCACAUCGGGUGGGCCCAGGAGUUCCUCAACGAGGAUAACAAGGGCUUGGAUGUUCUGGUGGAGUACCUGUCCCACUCUCACUGUGAUGCCUCGCUUGACAUGGAAGCUGUGGAGAAUGGAGGUACGCUGACAGAGAGAGUGAAGCCUUCUGAGCGAUCUUUGGAGGACCUGAAUAAGGGUUCGGGUAGCUCCCACCCUCACAGCAUGAGCAGAGCAGCACGGGCCCUGACUGUGAGAAUAAGCACACUGGCCAACAGUAGAAGGGUUCAGAAAAUGUUUCGUAUGACCAGCCAGAGGGAGGAUGUGCAUGUUUGCAUCAUGUGUCUACGAGCCAUCAUGAACUACCAGUCUGGCUUUAACCUGGUGAUGACACAUCCACACUGUGUCAAUGAGAUUACUCUGAGUCUAAACAAUAAGAAUCCCAGGACCAGAGCCCUGGUGCUGGAGUUGUUGGCGGCCGUCUGUCUCGUCAGAGGAGGCCACGACAUCAUCCUGUCUGCUUUUGACAACUUCAAAAAGGUCAACAGUGAAAAGAACCGCUUUGAGAAGCUCAUGGAGUACUUCAGCAAUGACGACUCCAACAUUGACUUCAUGGUGGCCUGCAUGCAGUUCAUAAACAUCGUGGUCCAUUCAGUGGAGAACAUGAACUUCCGUGUCCACCUCCAGUACGAGUUCACCCAGCAUGGCCUGGACAAGUACCUGGAGUCUCUCAAGCUGACAGAGAGUGAGAAACUGCAGGUGCAGAUUCAGGCCUACCUAGAUAACAUAUUUGACGUGGGGGCAAUGCUGGAGGAUAAUGAGAAUCGGGGCGGGGUCCUGGAGCACGUGGAAGACCUGCAGGAACACAACGCUCAGUUGAGUUCCAGGCUCCAGGAGAUCGAGGGUGAAACUACAGAGAGGAUAUCUUCUCUGGAGACCAAGCUCAUGCAAGCCACCAAGGAGACAGAGAUCCUCAAGGAGAGCCUGCGGGAAUCCUUUUCCCAGGUCAGUGCCCUGCAACAGAGGGAGAGGGAGAGAGAGAUGGAACGCGACCGGGAGAGGGACCGGGACCGCCUGACCCAGUCUUCCUCGGAGCUGGAACAGAAGGUGAAGGAGCUGCAGGACCAGGGUCUGAUCCGCCUGGGACGCACUCCUGCUGGGUCUCUGGACAUCCAGGUGGUGCCUGUCACCGUGGUGGAGUACCUCCCUGCCCCGACCCCUGCCCUUCAACCCGCUCCUAGCUCCGGCGCUGAGCCUCAGCCGGCAUCAGAUGUUCCGGAUUCCGCAACCCACUCCUCCACCGCCCCUCCCCCUCCUCCACCGCCCCCUGCUUCAGGAUCCGGGGGUGCCCCUCCACCGCCUCCACCCCCCCCUCCCCCUCCAGGCCCUCCGCCUCCUCCACCCCCUCCUCCACAUGGUUGUGGACCUCCUCCACCCCCUCCUCCACCUGGUUGUGGACCUCCUCCACCCCCUCCUCCUCCUGGCUGUGGCCCCCCACCUCCCCCUGGAGCGCCAUCCGCUGCCCCGGCAGUUAAGAGCAGGAAGCCCAUACAGACCAAGUUCCGGAUGCCUCUGCUCAACUGGCAGGCCCUAAAGCCCAACCAGGUUUCAGGCACCGUCUUCAACGAGCUGAACGACGAGCAGGUGUUAGGGGAGCUGAACAUGGACAUGUUCGAGGAGCAGUUUAAGACCAAGGCCCAGGGCCCUCCGGCAGACCUGUCCACGCUCAAGGUGAAGGUGGCCCAGAAGGCUCCCACUAAAGUGUCCCUGAUGGAUUCCAACAAGGCCAAGAACCUGGCCAUCACGCUGAGAAAGGGCGGCCUCAGCCCCCAGGACAUCUGCAUCGCUAUAGAAACGUAUGACGAGCAGGCGCUGGCGUUGGACUUCCUGGAGCUGUUGGAGCGCUUUGUGCCGUCCGACUAUGAGCUCAAGCUGCUGCAGAACUAUGAGAAGGAGGGCCGGCCCCUGGAGGAGCUGUCAGAGGAGGACCGCUUCAUGAUUCGCUUUGGCAAGAUCCCCCGCCUCAGCCAGCGAAUCAGCACCCUCACAUUCAUGGGCAACUUCCCAGAGACAGUCAAACGCUUGCAGCCGCAACUGAACGCAAUCAUCUCUGCUUCCAUGUCCCUAAAGUCUUCAACGCAGCUGAAGAAAAUGUUAGAGAUCAUCUUAGCCUUCGGAAACUACAUGAACAGCAGCAAGAGAGGAGCUGCCUGUGGGUUUCGCCUGCAGAGUCUGGACCUUCUGUUGGAAACCAAGUCUACCGACCGCUCCCAAACACUGCUGCACUUCAUAAACAACAUUGUCCUAGAGAAAUACCCAGAACUGAUCUCCUUCCACACUGAGCUGCACUUUGUCGACAAGGCUGGCCUAGUGUCUCUGGAUAGCAUUUUACAGGACAUCCGUAACCUGGAGAGAGGGAUGGAGGUGACAAAGAAGGAGUUCCUCGUCCAAGACGACAACACUGUACUGAAGGGCUUCCUCAAGGCCAACAAUGAGCUCAUGGACGCUUUACUCAAAGACAGCAAGACAGCACAGGAGGCGUACGGCUCUGUGGUGGAGUACUUUGGAGAGAACCCCAAGACCACUCAGCCUGCCAUGUUCUUCCCUGUCUUUGUCCGCUUCAUAAAGGCCUACAAGCAAGCGGAGAAGGACAAUGAGCAGAGGAAGAAGGCGGCGAGUAAGAGCAGCGAGGAAGGUCCCGUCUCUCCCUCCCCUAGCAAAGCAUCGCCACAGAAGCAGUCCCCCAUGGCGCCCCAGAUGGACUUCCUGGCGGAGCUGAAGAAGAGGCAGGUGAAGCCGCAGGUACGAGAGGGGAAGGAUGGAGCCCUGGAGGACAUCAUAACAGACCUGAGGAAUCAACCGUUCAGACGGACCGAUGGACGAAGGCCAGCACAUCGGCAAGACACCUGAGGCGCACCUUCUCCCAGACUCAGGCGACUGGAUCGCACCUGCAAUUACUCACUCAAUCACAUCAACAAACGAGCACACGCAACACAAACACAGUUAUGUACAUACAAUAUAUCAAAUCACAUUUGAAUAACAAUAGGGAUUUAGCCUUGUUCCCUCUGUAACACAUUGAAAAGCCUGCCUAGAUUUAAGUUGUAAAUAGAAAUGCCUUGCUAUGAUAAUACCUUAGUAUAUGUAACAUAACAUUACUGAUUCUAUUUGUCUUUCUAAAUAUGUGUACUGUUUUGUAUUUUAAAAAUAUGUUCCGUUUUGGAUUGUUGCUAUACUAAAAUAUUAUUAAUUACAUCAAUGAAAGAUGAUUUUAUUUUGGUUGCAUGUCCACAAGUUAAUGGUUAUUAAACGUUACGCCCUUAG